GCAGGCGCAGGCAGUGCAUAUUUUGUGGUGGUGAACCGUCGUCGUCGUUAUCAGCUUUCGGAGGAUUGCUCAUGCGAUUAGAUUUUCGUCGAUUACUGCGCGGAAAGUCAUUUUACGAACUUGUCCUCAUCGCCAAGUUUUGACGGAAGAGUCUCCCUAGCCAAUCCAGAAACCAAAACUUCCCAAGAUGUCGGGUUUCGACGAAAAUCCCUUUGGGGAGCCAACAGUGGACAACCCUUUUGCGGACCCAGCUGUGCAGCAGGCCACCAGUGGAGUGUCUCAGGCCCAGAGAGGUCUAGAUGAUUACAACCCCUUUGCAGACCAACCCCAGCAGCAAAAACCACCCUCUGUCAGAGGCGCUGCCAACCCUCCCCAGUACCAGUAUCCCGGUACCCAGUCAACCGUCCAGCCAGCGAUCAUGCAACCUACUCAAGAAACAUUGCCUCCUGCAUACGCCCGGAGUGGGCAGCAGACUCAGGAUCCAAAUAUGACUGCAGAAUUUCAGAGGCGACAGGAGGAGCUAGAAAGAAAAGCAGAGGAGCUUGCUCGGAGAGAAGAGGCUCUGAAAAAUGCACCCUACAACGUGCGACAGAACAAUUGGCCACCCCUUCCUCAAGGCUGCUGCUUCCAGCCCUGCUUUUACCAAGAUAUCAAUGUUGACAUUCCCUUAGAAUUUCAAAAGGUUGUACGAAUGCUGUACUACAUUUGGCUCUACCACGGCGGCGUCCUUCUGCUGAAUGUACUCGGUGGUCUGGCCCUGCUCUUUUACGAUGGAAAAUUUGUCACCUUUGGUCUCUCCAUUUUCUACGUGUUCCUCUACACACCCUUCUCAUUCCUGUGUUGGUACCGACCCGCCUACAAGGCCUUCCGCGACGACAGCUCCUUCAACUUCAUGGUCUUCUUCUUCAUGUACUUUUUCCAAUUCCUCAUCACCAUGUCUCACACCAUAGGAUUUACCAGUGGUGGCGCUUGCGGCUUCAUCAUGGCCAUUUCCGUUUUCAACGACGGAGGUGCGGGCGCGUGGCAUGUCCUUGUGGGACUUUUUGUGCUGAUUAUUGCCCUUGGCUUUGGAGCUGCUGCUUGCAUGGACAUUCUUCUCCUUACCAAGGUGCAUGGAAUUUACAAGAGUUCCGGAGCCAGUUUUGCCAAGGCGCAGGCAGAGUUUGCUACAGAGUUUAUGAAGAACGAACACGUCCAGGGUGCUGCCCAGCAGGCAGCCACAGCGGCCGUGCGUACUCAAGUCAACCAGAUGACCUCUUCUGGUGGAAAUCGCUUUUAGUGCAAUCAAAAUUCUACGAAUCCUGUACAUAUAAAAUUUGAUUAUGUAAUUUAUGUUCUUUCAUGCCGGAUCAACCUGUGUCUGGCUUGACUUAUGUCUUGUAGAAGUAUUGAUAAUCUCUCACAAGAUUAUAUUU